CCAGUAGUUCGCUUGCUCCCCGCGCGGCGUACACAGCGCCAUUUCGUCGCCGCGUCGCCCUCCCUCAUACAAAGAACAUCUAAGUAUUGUAAAAAAUCCAGUGAUGUAUUGAUUUAUCCCGACCCGAUACCCAUGGAAAAAGUGUACAAUCGGCGUUCAGUGUACAAAAUAACUCGUUAACAGUGUAAGAAGUGUACGUUUCGUCGCUUAUUACCGUGUCAGCCACGUCGAAAUUCCACGAUUAUCGAUGAAUAGAAUCUAACGUGCAAGCCACGAACAUGGAGGCAGGGGCGCUGCAGUGACUAAAUUGGACGUUCCAAACUUGUUUUAUGUGUGAAAUUGUGCUUUUAACAAUAAUGUACGAGAUCAGGGAACGUAAUUUUAUAAUGUGAAAAUGGAUGGUGCACGUUUGACAGUGCAUAGUUGGUGUAACGCUAUCGUAUAAUGCAAGCACGGUGAAGGUGUAACAAUGGUGUCGCUGAAUUACUUCGGACUCCGGCAAACGCCAUGGACUCUCCUAGUCCUGAUAUUCUUCAUAGAAAGCGUGAUGGGGAAUUACGCAAAGUCAUUCUACAUACACUGGAACACAACCAACAGCAUAUUCCGGAUAGACAAUACAGAUCACGUUUUCGAUUUGAAUAAAGGCAACGCUCAAUUUGAAUACGACCAGGUGAACAUAAUAUGUCCCGUUUACGCACCAGGUACAUACGAGGAGGAUACGGAGAAAUACAUUAUAUACAAUGUGAGCAAAGAGGAGUACGAUACUUGUAGGAUUACGAAUCCCAACCCACGCAUCAUAGCUAUAUGCGACAAGCCGCACAAGCUGAUGUUCUUCACCAUAACUUUCAGACCUUUCACCCCUCAGCCUGGAGGCUUAGAAUUCCUGCCUGGGAAAGACUACUAUUUCAUAUCUACGUCGAGUAAGGACGAUUUACACAGAAGGAUCGGAGGGCGGUGUCUCAGUCACAAUAUGAAGUUAGUGUUUCGGGUUUGCUGCAAGCCGGAGGAGCAGUCGCCGGCGCCGCCGCCGCAGCCGACUCUGCCACCGCCACCUCCUCCGCCUCCUACCACAACCUCGACUACGACCACAACUUCGACGAUGAAGCCGGUGACGAAGAAAACGCACAAGUACGACAAAGCGCAGAACGAGGUGGUGAAGAGCGAAGAGCUGAGUUACUCGAGAGGUGCGGCGCUGGCGUCGUCGCUAGCGUUGGCUCUGGCGGCGACGGCCGUGCUUGCACCACUGGCUCGGUGAAUAUGUGCUAGGGCUGCUAGGCCACCCCGUCAGGAUAUUACUGCGAAGCCGUGUCCAGCCCACAUACAGACGUUCCAGUCGCUCCAUUUGCGACCAGACACUCUAGUGUUCUCGUGAAUAGUGUGUCCAGUGCCCCUCAAUUAAAGGAUUGUGGACGUAACUUGAACUUGUAAGUACGUAGUGACUUUAAAUCGGGAUUAUUCAAUUCAAGGUCUGAUGGAAGCCUAAUUUUUUGUGUUUAGUAACUAAUCGAAUGGCCUAUGGAUAAACGAAUGUGCAACGGUGAACCCACAGCCGAUAUGCUGCGACUACGGUGUAGUUACGUUUAAAUCUAUAUUAUAUAUAUAUAUAUAAAGAAUGUUAACAUGUAUAAUGAUAAAAUAGGUUUCUUAAACCACUAGGAAUUAAACAAUUUUUAUAUUUUCAUUAUUGCAAUGAUGAAUAUUGGUAUAAGACUUAGGAUUCACCACGAAUCAAGUGCAGAUAUUAUAGUUAAUAAUCUUAUAUAGAUUGAAAAAGAUUUAGGUAGCUUUUAAUUUAGUUGAAAAGACAAUCUUUCUAUUACUAUUAUUAUUAUCAUAAUUUUCCCUUACGACUUAUAAUUAAUUUAUGUUGGAUGAGAAAUGAAAAACUAACCUGGGCAGGUUGUUAAUAAUGUCCAGAAAAAACUGUGAUUUUUGGUUUAUUUAGAUUGUAAAUUUUGUGUCUUUAAAUGCUUUUUUUACUAUGUGAUAAAUAUAAUAAAUAUUUAUGUAUCUUAAUGUGAAGAAGUGAACUAACGUUAAUUUCAACCACUCACUCAAUGACUGAUUAUGCAUUUCAGCUUUAUUAACUUUUUUUUUAUAUACAUAUAAUUUUCUCUCGAUCAAACGAUAGGAUAUGCGUUUAAUUAUAUACAAAUAAUUAUCCUUAAAAUGGUGUCCAAGAAUAUGUUAUUCAGGCAUAUUCUAGAUAAUGCCAUUUUUUUAUAUUUGAAUCUUAGCAUUCAGAAAUCUUCGUCUAUGAAAUUGAUCUUGUGGAGUCUACUAAUAGAGGUGAGAAGCAUUUCUUAGUACACACUGCAGACGAUCAUACGAAUGACACAUGCCGGUGCCAUUUUUCUCUUGUGUGAACCAUUUUUAUGCAUUAUAAACGAAAUAGUCAAAUAGUUAAUUAUAGUAGGUGAAAUAGACCGGUUUUGAGUUAGCCAUAUGCAUUUAGUGACAGUUGACAUAUUUUUAGGUAGUGUUUAAGACGAGAACGUUGGAAUCAUAAGGCGUAGGAAUAAUGUUGUCUGUGCGAAAAUAAAGACUUCAAAGAUUACGUAUUUGUAAAUCAUAAUGAAGAAUAAAAUAACAAAAUACACUCAAAAGAACAACUAUAUGAAGAUGAUAAAACAAAAUCUGAUAAUUAAAAUUGAAACGACUCAGUCAAAAUUAUAUUUAUUAAAAGCUAAUUCUGCUUGAAAAAAACCUCUCUGUAAUUCAAGUCCAAUAAUAUAAGCACUAAAUAUUAAAAAGGAAGACGAAAGCUGAAUAAACUGACAUGAAUAAAUAACUUUCAAGCAAACUUAAAUAUUUUCAACAAUUAUUAUACCAAAACACCUCAAAUUACAUUAAGUCCUGAAAAAACAGAAUUCCGGCUUUUUUUGAAUUUUUUGAAAUUUAAUGUCAAAUAUUAAUUUGAUGUUUCAUUGAUUCAGAUUGUUAAAAUACUGGCAAUUUGAUUUUAGUGCAUAAUUUAAGUUCCACAUUUGAUAUCUUGAUUCCAAGAACAUUAUUUGAAAUUAUUUCCUGAAAUCAUCUGUGUAUUCAUCGUAAAAAAAAUAUGACCUUGUGAAAGCUUGAAAGAAGAAAAGAUGAAAUUGAACAAUAUUAAGCCUUCAAAUUAUUUCUUACCUGAAUCAAGACUGGGCUAUCAUAAUUAAAAAAGGUGUGAACAUUAUUCAUACUUUAAAAUUACUCUGAUUCACACACUAUUACAAUGUUUAAUGCCUUUAAUAGAAAUAAACAUGAAGAAACAAAGAUAAUUCAUUUUUUCCAACUGUAGUACAACAAUCACAAACAAAAUACAGCUUCGAUUAAAAAAAAAAUAAUGGUGUUACAGUGGGACAUAAAAUCAGCACAUGCCAUGACACUGAGUGCCAUGACGCUGGCUAGAGG